AUUUAUAACAAAAGCACAAUUGGAGUACUGAUCAGUCUCUCCGAGUCCCCUGCAGUUUUGAUGGAGUUGCUGAUGGGCAAGGAUUAAAGUAGCCUGUGGUCAGCUCAGCAUCAUGGAAAACCUGGGCUCAGACUUGAAGAAGGCCCCGUAUUUCACUUGUGAGAGGAAGAACAAGUCUGCCCCUGUGUGUCAGAAGUGUGAUACCUGUAUCUUGGCCUGGAAAAUCUUCUCUACCAAAGAGUGCUUCCAAAGGGUCGACGAGAUGUCACAGAGGAGGUUUCUUGUUAGCAUUCUGAAGCAGUUAAAUAACUUAUACUUAUUACACUAUUUCCAAAACAUCCUUCAGAGCACCCAGGGGAAAGACUUCGUCUACCACAGGUCCCGAAUCCACGUCAACAAAAAGGAGGAAAGACUUGUGAAGGCCUCCUUGAACCAGAUGCUGGAUAAAACGGUGGAGGAGAAGAUGAAUGAAGUCUUGGCCUGGUUUGGGAGCAGCACCCAGCGGACGAAGGCAAAGUACACGCUCUUGCUGCUACAGAUGUGUGACCCUAACCUGCUGCUCACCGCCACCAAUGUGGUCCAGAUCCUGUUCCUGAGAGAAAGGAGCGCUGUCUUAGGGCUUGAUAAAGACUCAGCAGAUGUGUUUUUUUCCCCCAAGAAAGACUACAAUUCCGAAUCUGAGACCCCACAAAUUUAUUGGACAGCUAGAACCAGGCACACAUCCUUCCCUUUGUCCAAAACCUCAGGAAAAGAAAGCUUGGGGAUAGAAACUCUGAUUCCUGAGGGGAAAUGGAAGAGUUCGCUUCACUUUAUUUCCGAGAUGAAUGGGCUGUUUUCCAGAAAAUCAAGUGUAUCCAGGACAAGUAGCCUCCCCUUCGAUUUCCUGGUCAACCAGGAUACUGUUCGAGACCUGUCUUCAGGGGUCAGCCAGUAUAAGGACUUUAUCCGCCUCCUGCCCAUCCACCUAUCCAAGCACAUUUUAAGUAUGUUGAGUGGUUGCCAAUUCCUUACAGACCUCUCAUUGCAACCUAGUGCCAAAGGUAAAGACUUUGUUUGCCCCUCAGGUAUGCUGGAUAAGAGCACCCUGAACAGAUGUGCCUCUGUGAGCCAGCACUGGGCCUCACUGACCUAUCAGGUCAAGAUGGACCUUUCCAUGCACACGUUCAUUCAGAACCAGCUGGCCCUCUUACAGGGGACCUACACUAGGGGUAUAGAUCCUAAUUAUGCCAACAAGCUUUUGAUCCCAGUUCCUAACAUAACAGAUGAUGAGAAGCCUGUGCGUGUGAAAAACCAGAAAUGGAAACUGAGAACAAAGACGGACUACAGCCUGUGGACUGCGUACCAGAACCAAGAGACUCAGAUGGUCAACAUGGAGGAGAGAAACGUGUUCUGUGGAACCUACAACAUCCGUAUUCUCUCUGACACGUGGGACAGGAACAGGAUCAUCCACUAUGCUGGAGGAGAGUUUGUCGCUGUGUCGUCCAAUCGGAAGAUUCACCUGCUAAACAUUGCACAAGUAAAGCAGAGCCCCAUCCAGUUUCGGGGACAUGCUGGGAGCAUCCGGUCCCUCUUCUUGUGUGAAGAGGAACAUUUUCUCCUCAGUGGGAGUUAUGACUUGAGCAUCAGAUACUGGGAUCUGAAAACUGGGAAUUGCAUACGAAUCUUCAAUGGCCACCAGGGUACAGUCACUUGCAUGGAUUUAUAUAAGAAUAAGCUUGUCUCUGGAGCAAGAGAUUGCCAAGUGAAAGUGUGGGACAUAGACACAGGAAAGUGCCUGAAGACAUUUAAACACAAAGACCCCAUCUUGGCCACCAGGAUCAGUGACACCUACAUUGUGAGCAGCUGUGAGCGAGGGCUGGUCAAGGUGUGGCACGUUGCCACGGUUCAGCUGGUAAAGGUACUCAGUGGCCACGAAGGAGCGGUGAAGUGCCUGUUCUUUGACCAGUGGCAUCUCGUCUCAGGAAGUGCCGACGGCCUGGUCAUGGCCUGGAGCAUGGUGGGAAAGUAUGAGAGAUGUCUAAUGGCCUUCAAGCAUCCCAAGGAGGUGCUCCACGUGUCUCUCCACUUCCUGCGGGUCAUCAGCGCCUGUGCGGACGGCAAGAUCCGAAUUUACAAUUUCUUGAACGGCAACUGCCUGAAGGUGAUGAAGACUAACGGCAGAGGUGACCCUGUGCUGUCCUUCUUUAUUGAGGGAAACAGGAUGGUGAUCAACACAGAGAACAAUAUUAUCAUGUUCCAGUUUGAAAACAUAAAGUGGCAGUAUGCUCAGGAUCGAGGGAAACUGAAGAAGAGCAGGGAUAAAGAAGAGGAAAGAGAAGACAAUAGUCUUGUUGAUGUCCAGUCUAAGUCUAGCACUCAGGUGCUUCGCCUAAAAGGCCCUGCCCCCAGUAAACACGUUGUGGUCCAUCAGGCGGUAGCCCACAGACCUCCGAAGCCUCAUCUUCUCCUGAAGGCAGCCAUGAUAUCCACAGCAUUCAUGUUGCAUACUUCAUAUCAUGAAAAAUCAAAACCACACAGCCAAGUUGGCAAGAAGAAACUUCCUUCUGCUGUUCAGGAGCAUCGUGAUUUAGCUGCCAGGCAAGAGAAAUUGGAAGCAAAAUCCAUUGCAGCAGAUAAUCUGGGAAAAGUACAAAAGCAAGAACCACUGGAAACUCCUGUGGAAUCAAUCCUUAGCCGAAAGAAUAGAGGCUGGCACACCCCCAUGUCACCUGACCAGUUCCUUCUGACGAUCAAUGCUCUGCAGCAGGCCCACAACUCAGGGGCAUUUGCCUAUCCUGGGAGGCCCCAAGCACAAGUCAUUGAUGCAUGGGGACCUUUGAUCUCCCACCCAAGGAAGGUCUUGAGUUUCAAAGGAAAAUCAAUGCAGCAUGAGGUUGAUAGGUUGAGGUCUAGCAGUGAGAAACUACUCCCCAUCACAGGACUGAAACAAAGCACCACCCCUCUUGAGAUCCAGAAACUGCAGCCCAACCUGAAGAAUUCUUUGUACAGUCCCAGAAUCCAGUCCACCAUACCAGAGCCCAUGAUUAUUCACUCCAGGCUGUCUGGCAGUGUCAAAGGCGAAGACAAAGUGACCGACUCUCUUAAAGGCACAGUAUGCAGCACUACCCCCCUGACCAGCAUGCACUUCAUUAGACCAAACCGCAUGGUUUCUCCGAGAGUGAACACAGUGAUGACCCACCAUCUCAAGAAAGAUCGGCCUCGCUUUUACACAGCCCUUAACCCUUUUAGAAUGAACACGGGGUUCAUGCUGUUGACUGUGAAGGAGGAGAAAGAGUACGGGGAAGCCAAGGUGAAGGCAUAUCAGGCGAGCGAGUCCACUCCAGCAGUUGAUCCAGACAAAGCCUGCAAAACUGCCUGGCUCAGGAAGCUCAAAGGCCUCCCGGUAGAUGAUUUCAUGAAGCACGGGAAAAUAGCAGCCCCUGAAUUUGGACAAAACACAUUUAUCUGAACCAGGCGUGGAAAAGUACACUGUGUUAUAAUAAACACCAAGUCCAGUGGGUGUUGGGA